GUCCGGAAAUAUAACCAAAAUGAGUGUUUCUUCAUUUCACAUGAUAAAAUUCGCCUUGUCGAAUCCAGCAGCCUUCAGUCUCGAUCCAGACGGUCCGAUUCCAUUUGUAUAUCGACUCAUCACCGCAAAGCGACUAUCUGCAACAGACCUUGACCUAACGCCUUUUCGAGGUAAAAGAAUUCUAAUUGUAGGAUCUAGCAGCGGCUGUGGACUGGAAUGUGCGCGGAUUCUAGCCCAAGCUGGAUGCCAUCUUAUCAUCACAGCCAGAAACGAAAGCAGGGGCGAAGAGAUGGUAGAGGAGCUUAGGAAUGGAGCUCAUCAUGAUACCACGGUGAAGGCGAUGACACUUGAUGCAGCAUACUUUGAGUCUUUGCAUCGCUUUGGUGCGGAUGUUCAACGUCUCUCGCAUUUAGAUAUGGUGGUUCUCAAUGCGGGGGUGUAUCGAACUGAUUAUACCAUUUGUCCGGAGACUGGUUGGGAAGAGACUUUACAGAUCAACUUUAUAAGUACUUAUAUCCUAUCUCUCUUACUCCUUCCCCUUCUAUUGAAGAGUCCCGUACAAGGCCGUCUACUCCUCGUAUCAUCCGAGGCACACGCAUGGGCAGAUAUAGAAAACCACAAUCUCCACGACCUAUUACACUCUCUCAACAACCCAGACAAAUAUAACUGCUAUGACAGGUAUCACGCCUCAAAGUUUCUCGUUGUCUUGUGGGCCCAAGAACUAUCCCAUCGUCUCGAUCCGCAAAAGGUGUUGGUCGCUUCUGUUUCACCGGGAUACUGCCUUACAGGCCUCUUUCGGGACUUUAAUACAAAAACUUUUUCGUACUGGCUGGAGCGAAUAUUCUGUCGAAGUGCUGAAAAUGGUGCAUGCGAAUAUGUUGCUGCUCUGGCUAAUUUGGACACUACGAGUGUGGGGAGGCUUUUUGCAAACACUACUUUUUAUCCACCGUCUCGAGCAGCGAGUUCAGAAAUAGCGGGGAAGAUUCGUACCAGUAUGUAUCAAAAUAUGGCUGUCAUCAUGCCGGGGCCGAUAUCAGUGUUGCUUCAACUGGACCAACUAGAUGUAUAGACAUCUCGCGUAACCGAAUUUGGAGUGGACCUGGUUUAUCCCAACCCCUUCUUUAGUAAAAUUGAGGCAGCAUACCCAGGCUCCUCAUGGAUGAUGUCUAUAUAAAGCCAUAAUCUACGCCCAGGAC